AUUGAUGUGAUUUAUGUUGUUCUAAUAGUCAGCCGUGAUACUUCAUGCUGGUUACAGCUUAUACGAACGAAGUUUCUAUUUUCGGUUUAAGUGCACGUCGCGUUGGCAUUAUAAUAUAACUAUUAAAAUUUCGGGUUUUUAAAGGUUGUGUGUAUUUGUUUCUCGGAUAUUGUCACAAUCCGGUCCGAGUUCAGUGUACGAACACUGAUUUCUAUUUACUUUUAUAAUAACAAUAAUAAUAAUAUUAAUAAAUAUCAAUAUUGGUAAUCAUUACUCGCCACGUCUCGUCAACGAAAUGGUUUACAAAAUACAUUCAGUUACGAUAACAGCACUUGUAUUGUGGUUGCACUUUUCGAACGUGCGGUGUGUGUUUAAAAAUCAUCAAACGAUCAGUCGAUGUACGUUUAUCGUCCACCCAAUUUGUCCAGACCCUUUGAUCAAUUUUUAUUUGUACACCAGAGAGAACGAACAUCAUCCUCAACGCGUCGCAUUGGAAAAUAUAACAAAAUCGUAUUAUGUGAAAUCUCUACCCAACAAGUUCAUCGUGCAUGGGUUCAACAGCAACAUGACGCUGGGCUCACUCCAGAGGAUAAAAGACGAAUAUCUUACACAGAUGGACGUCAACGUUUGGAUGCUUGACUACAGUGGCGUUUCGGCUGGACCCGUUAAGUGUUAUUUAGCCGCAGUGUUCAAUUUGCCGUCUGUGGGUAAGUGUACUGCACUGUUCGUGCGAAAAAUCAUGGAGCUAUCCGAAGUUAAGGAGCACAAGGAUAUAAUGCACGUGAUCGGGUUCAGUCUUGGUGGGCAACUGGCCGGUCAUGUGGCCGAACAUUUAAAGCCCGUCAAGUUGCCAAGGAUUACAGGACUGGACCCGGCUCUGCCAUUGUUCUACAGCACGCAUCUGAACCGAAGACUGAGUCGGAACGACGCCGAGUUUGUGGACGUAAUACACACGAAUGUGUUGGUGCAAGGGCAGCUUUCGCCUUGUGGCGACGUCGACUUCUAUGUGAACGGCGGACUUUCGCAACCGGGCUGCAACCACAGUACAGAACCAUUCGUAUGUGAUCAUCACAUGGCUCCGGCGUACUUUGCUGAGAGUAUUAAUUCGAUAACGGGUUUCUGGUCCUGGCCGUGUCCGAGCGUGUUCAAUUACCUCUCCGGACAAUGUCCUCCUCAGGGCGAUCACGAGCUGAUGGGGGAGAACGUGAACGAGAGUGCCAGAGGUCAAUACGUGUUGCAUACGAACAACGUGCCGCCUUACGCUCAAGGUGAUUGGAAAUGACAUUGUAAAUCCACCACCAACCGCUGUCCAACGGGAACUCGAAGUGUAAAUAAAUGUAAUUACGUAAUACAGUAAAACAAUCAUAAUAAUAGUAAUAAUAAUAACAAUAUUAUGAUUAAAUAAUAAUGUAAUAAACCUACCUGUCAACGGGUUUUUGUUUCCUUUUACUAUUGGCUUUUAUUUGUCGGAAAUUUCGACUGAAUAAAAAAUCGAGUCGUGUCCGGCUUAGGAUUAAAACACGCGUAAGACCCACAAUAGUGUACUCCUAGUAUCUGGCAAUUUCAUUGCUCUUGAGCUCGAUACUAAUUCGACUAAAGAUGAUGACGGUAAAAAUAAUAAGAAGAUUAAUUAUUAUUGUAAUUGCCCUCGGGCAACGUCGUUAUUAUUAUUAUAACGGAAUACGAAUCCUACGGAUGACAACGGCGGCAUAACGCUUGGUUUAACUACACGGCCGUGGUGGACGCACGUCAUUAUCAAAUUCGAACUGCCACCGCAGGUUUUUUCUCGAAGACCUAAUGUGGAAUAUAGUCAGGGCUUGACUUGACGAGAGACACAGAUAGCACGAUAAACGAGCUAAGUGCAACAUUAAAGGAAUGAUAAUUUUUUAAUUCUUACGUCCACGACACUUU